AUGUUUAUCUUUCACAUCAUAUAUAAUGAGUCCAACUGUCUUCAUUUUCUUUCUUUUUCACUUUCCUCACAAUUUCUGUCUAUCUAUCUAUCUAUCUAUCUAUCUAUCUAUCUAUCUAUCUAUCUCUUAAUCAUUCCUUCAUUCUUUCCUACGUUCUUUCUUUCUUUCUUUAUUUAUUUAUUUCCGUUCUUUCUUCUAUUUUCUUCCUUCCUUUUUCGUAUUUCCACUCCUUCUUUAUUUCCUUCUUACGCCUUUUCUUUCUUCCUUACUCCUUUUCUUUUUCUUUCUCUUUCUUUCUUUUUUCUUUCUUUCUUUCUUUCUUUCUUUCUUUCUUUCUUAUGUUCCCUCUUUCUUUCUUUCUUUCUUUCUUUCUUUCUUUCUAGUUAUGUUCCCUCUUUCUUUCUUUCUUUCUUUCUUUCUUUCUUUCUUACUUCUUCUUUCUUUCUUUCUUUCUUUCUUUUUUCUUAUUUAUUUCCUUCAUACCUUCCUACUUUUUUUUCUUUCUUUCUUUCCCAAGCUUGUCUCUGUCAUUCAUUGUUCUUCAUAUCUUCCCCUUCUCUCUCGCGCUUUCUUCCUCUCUCUCACUCUCUUCCCCUCACUCUCUCUCUCUCUCUCUCUAUCUCUCUUCCUCUCACUCCCUUCCUCUUUCUCUCUCUCUCUCUCUCUCUCUCUCUCUCUCUCUCUCUCUCUUUCUACAUAUUUAUCAUUUAUUUUUCCUAUUGA